CCAGGCUGAGGUGCGCUUGCUGAACUUCCUUGAUAAAGAUUUUACAUCUUCAUCAUCAUCAUCAUCAUCAUUGUCGCUUUCUUUUUUAUAUUUGGAUUUCUUCUCCACCGCCGUCAGGUUCAGCGGAGCUGAGAGAAACCAACGCGAUGGCUGAAAUGCCAGCACUGGCGCUGCUUCUUCUGGCAAUGCACGGUGUCCUCGGUGAGGUGGAGGUCUUCCAGCAGCCAUUUGCAGUGGCUCAGGUCUCACAGAAUGCCACCCUGAACUGCUCCUUCGACACCGGCGAAGUGACGAUGGGCAGGCAGAUCCUCUACUGGUACACUGUCAAUGCCAGCACCAUGGAGGAAACGCACCUUCACCCACAACCCGAGGGGCCAUUCAAGGCGAAGGUGAAACUCGGCUCCAUGGGGUCACCGCGAGACAAAUCCAUCGAGCUGCUGAAUGUCCAGAUGGGGGACUCCGGCGUCUACUUCUGCCUGAUGUCCUACAUGAACGGACAAGUCCCAGAACGUAAGAAAGGCAACGGGACCAAGCUGACUGUCCACGGUCCCCUGAUCUUUGGCCCUUUAAGUGAGAACAGCACUGCUCUUCAGUGUCAAGUGGACAUCGGUGACCCUGAUGGCUUCCGUCUGCUCCUGAAACGAGACAGCGGGGCUGAUCUGGAGGGCAACAGCGUCAGCCGCAAUGACGAUGGCUCAUUUAAAGUGGCCACAGCGCUGGACGCUGACCCGUCGGACAGACACACUUACCGAUGCGCGCUGAUGCACGAGAGACUCGGAGUCGUCCUCCAGCAGGCCUUCAGCACGGGUCCUGGAGGUCUUCCUGUUCCACCCCAUCCCAUAAUUUUGUACGUUUUCUUUCUGCUUUUUCCCUUCCUAACCCUCCUCGCCAUCAUACUCAUUUUUAUGGUAAAGUAUAAAGACAUUAAAAAGCAGAAGCCGAGCAGCAGGAGGUGAGCUGGAGGCGAGGCUGCCAUGAAGGACUCUCAGGGUCAGGUCAUCUUUCUGGUUUUCUUCUUCUGUCUGCUUCUGGUCACUGAACCUUUGAUACUUCAAAGUCGAGGAGAGCGCUGGCCUCGCGCAAGUCUUCAUUUUUAUGUGCCUUCCACCUUAGCCAUAGUGGCACAUCAAGACCUGCCACCCUGCUUCUCUCACGCCUCAAAUGACUAAACUCCACUGCUGGACAGGAGGCCAUUGGGCCAUCUGGGAAUUGGAGGUCCUGCUCCAGACAGGGUAGGAAAGGUGGUCAGAGGGGGUCAAGAGUCCACCUGUUAGUCCUGCAGGCCGGUCACUAGUAGCAGGGGGUGCAGCAAAUAUACAACAUGUGUGCCUGGUCCUUUAAGAAGAUGGCUGCACGCCUAGCAAGUGGCCAGGGAUGACUCCGAACCUUGGCCAUGACCUUGGAGGGGGUCUUGUGCGGCCCCUUUAAAGGAACCUCGUACCCUCAGCUUGGUGACCUUGGAGUCAGAAUUGAAGAGGGGGCAAAGGGGUGGAGGAGGACACGCCAGCAUUAGGAAGAGGAGGAAGAGGAAGAGGAAGGUAGGCAGGAGACAAAGCUUUGGCGUCGCACCCUGAGUGGCUUAACGUUUGCUGUUUUCCUUUUUAUCAUAAAAACCGCAGAACAUAAAUUGAGGGACGUUACGCUCAGAUUCCACAACACAGCAGCGAGAGCACAUCUGGAGUGCCGUGUGGCUCUGGUCACCAUGCUGGAUGACAGAAGCUGUGCAGAGGAGGAGCAACCAGGUGCAUCAUGGGACCCGAGGACAUGCCUUACGGUGACAGACUUCGAGAAUUCAACCUGCUUAGUCCAAACAGCAGGACAGCAUGGGGACCUCGUCCAGAUCUUCAAGGUUCUCAAAGGCAUUUCAACUUAAGAGAGAGUCACGUACUCGAGGACACCUAGUGGAGACUAAGGGGAGUGCAUUUAGGACGGAGCCUUUAAGAGAUUACAACGUGAAAGAUUUCCAGGUAACUCAGGCCGCUUCUUCAGGCAGGAUGUACUCAAAGAGCUGCGGGAAUCCGAAACAAACUACCGAGGUGUGGAGUUGAAGCAGGAACCUUGAGAACCUUCCAGAAGGAUGUGGAGGAGAUGUUGGGACAGCUGAGCUGUCAGCUAAACAAGCG